CCACCGCACCGCACCGCACCCUUCAUCCCUUCAGUUCAGAACAGACGCAUCCACCGCCGCAUCCUUCAGUUCAGAACAGACGCACACCACCGCAUCCUUCAGUUCAGAUCAGCCACCGCAUCCACCACCGCGACGCCACUGCUGCCGACGGUACAGCUUCGUCGAUCUGCACUCGCCAACGCCAUCUCCGCGGCCGAUCUGCUUCGUCGCUCCCCUGCGACGCCACAGCCACCGUCACCGUCACCGCAUCCGCCCCAGCCACCGCCCUGCAGCAUACUAUAGUGACAUUUGUGUUGGUGCAAUCGCGUGUCGGCUUGAGAAGAAGGAAAGUGGGGCUAUUCGUGUAUACAUCAUGACCUUGGGCGUUUUGGCACCUUAUCGUGGAUUAGGUGUUGUUGAAUAAUCUGGAGCUCGCUGUUAAUCUUGCCAAGAGAGGAAACCUUCGUUCAUCUUUGCACAAGACAAUUGAUAUUGUUUUAGCACGAGGAGAGAGAGAAGCUUGAUAGUUUGGCGCAGGCUUGCUUCACGGGUAAUAAUUCCAUUCACUUAUUCUCAAUGAUGGCGGCUUCUUUACAUACCGGUGUGAGAAUACCUAUCAAGUCACACCAGUUCCAUUAUAAGCCCCCCCACAUACACCCUUCUUUUAGAUUGGCUACGAUUCGCUGUUCUGUCGUUGCACCCAGCAAAUGCUACUCCAUCACUCUCCUCCCCGGUGAUGGUAUCGGCCCUGAAGUCAUCUCUGUCGCUAAGAAUGCUCUACAACUCACUGGCUCUCUCGAAGGAAUUGAGUUUGGGUUCAAUGAGAUGCCUAUGGGUGGGGUUGCUAUUGAUUUGGCAGGAGUACCUUUGCCUGAGGAGACUCUUUCAGCUGCAAAGCAAUCUGAUGCUGUUCUUCUUGGAGCAAUUGGAGGGUAUAAAUGGGACAACAAUGAAAAGCAUUUGAAGCCUGAGACCGGAUUGCUUCAGCUUCGAGAGGGUCUUAAGGUCUUUGCAAACUUGAGACCUGCGUCAGUCCUGCCACAGUUGGUAGAUGCUUCAACAUUGAAGAGAGAAGUUGCAGAAGGUGUAGACCUAAUGGUUGUCAGGGAACUUACAGGAGGUAUUUAUUUUGGCAAACCAAGGGGUUUUGGUACAAAUGAAAAUGGUGAGGAAAUUGGUUUCAAUACUGAAGUUUAUGCAACUUACGAGGUAGAACGUAUUGCUCGUGUAGCAUUUGAAACUGCACGAAAACGUCGAGGAAAACUGUGUUCUGUUGAUAAAGCAAAUGUGUUGGAGGCCUCUAUGCAUUGGAGAAGGAUUGUGUCAGAGUUGUCCAAAGAGUACCCUGAUAUUGAACUUUCACAUAUGUAUGUGGACAACGCUGCCAUGCAGCUUGUUCGCAAUCCAAAACAGUUUGAUACGAUUGUAACAAACAAUAUAUUUGGUGAUAUUCUAUCUGAUGAAGCUUCAAUGAUUACUGGAAGUAUUGGUAUGCUUCCAUCUGCCAGUGUUGGAGAAUCGGGACCUGGACUCUUUGAGCCAAUACAUGGUUCUGCUCCUGAUAUUGCUGGACAGGAUAAAGCAAAUCCUUUAGCAACAGUGCUUAGUGCUGCUAUGCUUCUCAAAUAUGGCCUAGGAGAGGAGAAGGCUGCUCAGAGGAUUGAGGCAGCUGUUCUGGACACUUUAAAUCAAGGAUUUCGCACUGGUGACAUAUAUUCUGCUGGGCAUAAAUUAGUCGGGUGCAAGGAAAUGGGUGAAGAAGUGCUGAAGUCAAUAGAAGCUCAAGUUCCGGUAUUGCUGGGCUGAUCUUGUACUUGUUCUUUUGGUUGGGUGUUAGGGUGCAUUAUCUUCCUUGUUGCAUGUGACACCGAGAAUUUUAAUUAUAUUCACGGAGGUGAACUUGUUUGUUGAAGAUGAACACCUUGGAUUUUUAUUUUUUAUUUUUUAAAUUUCUGUUUUCCAUGUUUAUUUUUGCAUUCAUAUGUUGUUUGAAUUGUGAACAUUAAUAUGUAAACCUCCUUCAUUCAAGGAGAUGGACGCUUUUUU